AUGGCAUUGAUUGGAAUUACUCGGAAAUUGAGCAUAUUCACCGAUCUUCCCAGUAACAUUUUGUCCCGAAAUUCUUAUUCUCAUAUUAAUGAAUAUUUUAAGAUGUUUAUCAAGAAAGUUCAGGAAUUAUUUGAAAAUAGAAGUUUUAAAAAUAUUAUUGAAAAGAUAUUUAAUAAUUCAACAGAUAUCUUUGAACCUGUUGGUAAUUUGAAUGCGAAUCAACCAUUUCUUAUAAUUAGUGAUUUCACUCAAGCGGCCAUGCAGCAAGAUGUAAAUAUAGACAAAAUUUUACAAGAGCAUUUAUUAAGGGAAGAAUUUGAAUUUUUAGAGCAAAGGGAUAUGUUAAGAAAAGUUGAUGGUGGCCCAAAGAUUUCAGAAUGA